UUGAACUGAGCAGAAGAUUUUCCUCUUUUUUUAUAUUGUUUUUUAUAAUAAGCAGUGCGGUAGCUGUGAGUUUCGUUCCUCGGAUGGCAUUCUUAUCAACAACUCUGCAUGAAUUUUGAUUGUGAUUGUAGACACGGAGUAAAGUUUCUAGUUGCUUUUGGCUAUUGUCAUGAGUGAAGUUGAUUGGAGCCUUUAUCAAGAAAUAGCUUGUCUUUUUCAAAUUUAGGUGAUAUAUUGUUAUGUGAAUAGUCAUCAAAUUUAUAUGGGUACAAAUCGUUCCAACUAUCCUCAGCUGUUGCAGAACCCUUCUGGCCUUAGCCACAGCAGCUAUGGGUCUGUAAAUGGCAACUAUUCUGCUGCUAUUGAACCGUCCAUCAUGGAAGGAUUAUCAGUUGAAGGAAGACUAUCUAUGGCUAGAAGAUUUUUUAUACUGUUGACAGUAUUUGAUGUCUUAUUUACAUUCCUAAUAUGGAUUAUAUGUACUGUUGUUUCUGGUGGAGAUUCAAUUGAUUCAUCAUUCAGAAAUGAAGUGAUAAAUUAUAAUAUCGAAACAUCGAUGUUUGAUAUAGUAGUGUUGGCUGUGGCAAGAUUGUUCCUAAUUGCUCUUGUUUAUAUAUUUUUAAGACUGUCCCAUUGGUGGAUGGUAUUUGUUACUACUGCAGGUACUACGGUAUUCAUCAUUGCUAAAGUUUUCCUGUAUAAAUGGGCCCAUUCCAAUAGUACCACUGCAUCAGUUGUACUUCUGCUUUGCUCAUUCAUUUUGUCAUGGGGAGAAGCUUGGUUUUUAGACUUCAGAGUGCUUCCAAGGGAAUCGAAAGCUUUAGCAUUCUUAGCUAAAUAUGAUGAGGAUCAAGCACCAGUGCUUUCACAUCCACCUUUAUCCAGAUCCCAAAGUGAGGACGGAAGUGCUUUCUAUUCUCCACCUGGUUCAGAUGGUGAAGAUAAUGGAAAAGAACAUGACGGAAGUACCGUUUCAGAAGUUGAAUGGCUUUCACCCAAAAACAGCAAGGAGUUGCCAACUGAGAGAGACUAUCGGAAGUUAGCCGAAGAAGCUCUGCACAAAGCGAUUGCAAUUAUCGAAGCGGAUGAUUGGAAAAAAGAGAAAAUCAGUGGUUCGGAUAUUAUCUACUCUAAAGUUGUACCGCCCUAUGGAAAAGUCUUCAAAUUUGAAGGAAUCGUACCUCUAUCCCCGAUGAAAGUUGUCGAGAUACUAUACUUCAAAGCUGAAGAAAUGCACAAAUGGAAUCCAACAGUAAAAAGAGUUAAAGUUAUUCAGAAAAUAGAUGAAUAUCAUGAUAUAGCCCAUGUGAUAGCAACUGAAGGUGCUGCUGGUCUUGUUUCGAGCAGGGAUUUUGUGAACGUAAGAAUAUGGAAAAAGAAAGAUUCAGGGUAUGUUCAUGGAUCUGUCGGAAUUACCCACCCUGAUGUGCCAGUGAAAGCGAAAUACGUUAGAGGAGAACAAGGACCCACUGCUUAUAUCAUGACUCCGGCCGAUGAAAAUGGUGAAACAACUAAACUUCAGUGGCUGCUAAAUACUAAUUUAAAGGGCUGGAUUCCUCAAUACCUAAUUGACCAAACACUAUCAAUUGUGAUGAUGGAAUAUAUAAAUUCUUUAAGAAAGUUUUCUGCCAAUAAAACAAAUGUAUGAUUGUGAAUUUCCGGUUCAAGCCCAACGAAAGCCCUUUUAAAACUGCCUGCAAUCUUUUUUAAAAACUUUCUUUUAUUGUAUUUGUACUACUGUUAUGCAUUUUUAGAGAAUCUUUCAAGGAGACGGUUUACAAGUAAGACAAGAAGAUGCUCUUACAAUUUCCGGAGUUAAGAAUAAUAUAUUUCAUCUCAUUUUUCAUCAUUUAAAGUGCCCUGGGUCUAUUUAACGAUACAUGCAGAUGCCUUCAUAGAUUCCUUUGUAAUUGUACUUUACAGAAAUGUUGACAAUCUUGCUUAUGUAGAAUGCUAUAUUUUUAUUUAAAAUUGUUAUAAAUAGCAUCGGUAGGCUUUUCACAGCUAAUUUUAUUGCCUUGUUAUAAACAUAUUUUAUAUUUCAAAAUUUUUUAUUAUUGAAAUCCAGAUUUCUUAUCAAUUCAUUGCUAUGUCAUCAUAAGGACGUAGCGGGUGUAAGUGUGGGGUGGUGCUCUUUAGUCUUCUUGAACGUCUCUUCCUGAAGACUGAAGCCCGAAGCACAUGUAUUCCCGCUUAUAAUAAUAAUAAUGAAUGUUUAGGGAAUCCUCUCAUAGGGGAAUGAAAUCUUGUUAAUUAUAAGAUCUUGUUAAUAAAAAAAUUAUUAGUUGUGGUGGGUAGUUUUAUUAUUAUUAUCAUUAUAGCAUUUCAUUCCCUCUUUCUUCAUUUCUUACCAUCUUUAAUGAUUCUUAAACAAUUAAAUGUUCUUUCUAUUUACUAUACUCAUUUGAUUUAUUUCUCCACUUCCACAGUGGGUUCAUUUGCUCAUAAUAUUUGAUUCAUAAAUAUAAGACGAAUAAGGUAAAUGUUUGAUAUAUAAUACUCUUUUUAAAUGUUUAACUAUGCAACUUUAAACGUUACUCAGACCUAAUAAUUGUGGAUACACGUUUUACAAAACUUCAUGGUUGUGACAUGAUAAUAAUUUGUUGGAAUUUCUUCAGGUAUUCUAACUUAUUUAGCCGAGAGAAAUAAAAAAUGAAAUAAAUUUUAAUCAAGAUUUUUAGAUUAAGUAUAGUCUACUGUUUGUUCUUUUAAGGUGCUAUUUACAUUAGAAGGCUAUUUUAUUAGAAUAUUUCUGUACUUACAGAUUUGACGAUUCUUAUCUAAAGUUGAUUUUUUAGGAAAUAAACCGCUGUAGAAAUGCACAGUGUUUUCUAGCUAAUAUGCUUUAAGUAUUUGUUUGCUUAUGAAUAUUUUAAUUAAGACAAUUUUAAUAUAUGAAAUUAAAUUUCCAAUCAAUUUAAGCAAUGUGUUGUUUCCUUGGAUAUUUUGGUAGUGUUAAUGAUAUUUGUAUUUUACUAUUUUGCUGUUUACUGGAAUAUAAAGUAUAUUUACGGGUUGUUGAAAAAAAUUAUUUCUCUUUUAGUGAUGUAUAUUCUAUAAAAAGUCUAAAAAUGAACUAUAUUUUCAUUUUUAUCUGUGAUUCAGGAUACUUUUAUUGGUCAUAUUUGCUCAAAUAUUUAUAUAUUAAUUAUUACUGCCAUAAAUUUUACAUUACAUUUUACCCUAGUCAGUAUUUUUAAUACAAUUUUUAAUUGUAUUAAUUUAAAUAUAAUUUUAUAUCUAGUUCAAGUAAUACUCUUUCAUAUGUCAAUCCUUUUAUUUGUAACUUCAUUCAAGG